UGUCAUGCUGCUCUGGCCGUAUGUACUUACCAAGAGUGUCUCAUCCAGACUGCAAACUGCAGACAGCGCCUCUCUACCUGCAGGGCAGGGAGAGGAGCGCCCUCAUGUGGUGAAGCGGUCAACGCAGAGCUGCGACAGCAAGUUUGACACCUACUGCCUGAACAAUGGCCAGUGCAUGCUGCUGGUGGACAUGAACGAGCACCACUGCAAGUGUGAGAGGGGUUUUUAUGGCCCCAGGUGUGCCCACCCAGAGCUUGUCGUGCAGCGAAUGGGAGAUGAACAGAUAAUUGUAACCAUUUUCUGUGUGAGUCUGCUGAUUAUAGGUCUGGCUGGAGUUCUGUACUUCUGCUGCAAAUGGUAUAAGAAAAACAGAUUCCGACGUCACCAGAAGCAGCAGGGUUACAGAGGAGUCCAGAUUGUGUAAAGUGUCACACACACGCCCCCAGCAGGAUUUUCUCCAGUUUUCUAACUGAAAAUUUCAACAUAUCAUGACGUGACCUGACUCGCUACAUUGGCCUACACUCAGUGGCUGGUUUCCUGGACUGUGCCUGCUCACAGUAUUGUACGUCACAAGGCUUUGAAGCACGCAGAUUGACA